AUGUCACUCCCCGCCAACAUUCUUAUUGUCGGCGGAGGGGUCUUCGGCCUAUCUACUGCGCUCUCCCUCUCGCACCGUCACCCCAACUCUCAGAUCACCCUCCUGGAAGCCUCCCCGAUUAUCCCCAACCCGCACGGCUCUUCCGUCGACUCCUCCCGUAUUGUUCGUGCCGACUACUCCCAACCACACUAUGCCAAACUCGCCGCCGAAGCCCUUGAUCUCUGGCGCAACACCGAGUGGGGUAAAGAAGGCCGAUACACCCAGAACGGUCUUCUCCUGGUCUAUCCCCCCGGUAGUACCAAUGCCCGCGACUACGCCAACAAGAGCUACGAGAACGUCAAGCAAAUCCCCGGCCAAGAUGUCGAGCUCCUCCCCACUCGCGAGGAGGUCGCGCGUGUCGCCCCGGCCUACGGAGUGAACCGCAGUGUUGCAGGUGGCUACGUUAACUGGGGCUCAGGCUGGUCCGACGCCGAAGCGGGUGUCCGGUACACCAAGCAGCGUCUGGACCAGGAAGGAAAGGUCAUCUUCAAGACUGGCGACGUGAGCAGUCUCCAAUACAGCAACGACAAGUCCAACAGAGUCACGGGUGUCAACCUUACCGACGGUUCAUCUCUGACAGCCGACCUUGUCGUCCUCGCAACAGGAGCCUGGACCGCCAAGCUCGUCGAUCUACGCGGUCGAACCGUCCAAACCGGUCAAGCGAUCGCGUACAUCCGCAUCUCGGACGAAGAACAGAAGCGUUUCGAGCACAUGCCUACGAUCCUCAACUUCGCGACAGGCAUCUUCAUCAUCCCGCCGCGCAAAAACAUGCUCAAGAUUGCCCGACAUGCUUACGGUUACGUUAAUCCUGUCCAGGUCCCGGUUCCUGGCACCACCACGGACGAGGGACAGAACAUGCAAGUCAGUCUGCCAGAGAAGGGAGUGCCUAUCCCUGCCGAAGGCGAAAAGGCAUUCCGGGAGGCUUUGAAGGAGCUUAUUCCCUCCUUCGCGGAUCGGCCAUUCGCUGAGACUCGCGUUUGCUGGUACACUGAUACCCCCAAUGGCGACUUCAUCAUAACAUACCACCCCGACCAUCCUGGCCUCUUCCUCGCUACGGGCGGCAGCGGCCACGGAUACAAAUUCCUCCCCGUGCUGGGCGACAAGAUCGUCGACGCACUGGAAGGUAAGCUGGAUCCUGCUCUGCAGGACUUGUGGAAGUGGCCCGCUGCAGUGUCGGAGAGUCAAUUCGAUGGAACUGAGGACGGCAGUCGUUCAGGACCGAAGGGGUUGCGGUUGAUGGACGAGUUGUUGAAGACGAGGAAGGCGAAGAGAGGUAGUUUGCUGUGA